UUUAGCGAGAAUACUCCGCCCGCAUGUGUGCAUUGUGUGUGGUGAUGAGAGACAGGCUAGAGAGUGGGACGACAGGCCUAGCUACGACUGACUCUGUGUCUGCCGCCUCGUCGAGCUGCCGCCGCGUGCUCUAUAUCAGCUCGCUGAGUCAACAGACAAAGCAAAACUGAAUUGAGAGCAUUGAGCUUGGUCUGCAUCUCCGUCCGCCGGCUCCAAAAGUACAUUCGGCGACUUCCAGGUUAUCGUUGGUGGCGAGAAGAAGAGUGAAGUUUAGAAGAUUGGAGGACGACGUCUGCCCCACGUAACCUCUGGAACUCCCGGUAUCGAGAACAAUUCUCAACAAAUCUUGCCAUCUUCUUCACCACCAUCACCACCAACACCAGCCAGCCAGCCAGCCAGCCUUCGUCUCUGCUUGUCUGCCGCCACGACGCCCACCUAGCUAUAUUGCACCUACCAUCACUUCGCCAUCAAUUCGAGGCAAUGGCGAGCACAGUGAUCCACCCGGACGAGGAGCACAAUGCCGGCACCAUGGAGCUCAAGGAGAACACCACAGUGAUCGUGCUCGGCGCUUCAGGCGAUCUCGCCAAGAAGAAGACUUUCCCAGCGCUCUUUGGUCUGUUCCGAAAUGGCUUCCUGCCUCGCGACGUACACAUUGUCGGCUACGCCCGGACGAAGAUGGAUCACAACGAGUACCUGAAGCGAGUCAAGUCUCACAUCAAGACUCCGACAAAGGAGAUGGAGCAGCAGCUUGAAGAGUUCGCCAAAUACACAACCUAUGUCAGCGGGCAGUAUGACAAGGACGAAAGCUUCCAGGAGCUGGAGAAGCACCUGGCCGAGCUGGAGAAGGGCCAAAAGGAGACCAAUCGUGUCUUCUACAUGGCAUUGCCUCCCUCAGUCUUCAUCCCCGUCUCUGAGCACCUAAAGCGCAACAACUACCCAAAGAGCGGCAUCGCGCGAAUCAUUAUCGAAAAGCCAUUCGGCAAGGACCUCGAAUCAUCUCGCGAGCUGGACAAGGCUCUGCGGCCGAACUGGAAGGAGGAGGAGAUCUUCCGUAUCGACCACUAUCUUGGCAAGGAAAUGGUCAAGAACAUUCUUAUUCUGCGCUUCGGAAACGAGUUCUUUGGCGCAACCUGGAACCGCAACCACAUCGACAACAUCCAGAUCACAUUCAAGGAGCCAUUUGGCACCGAAGGACGUGGUGGUUACUUCGACGAGUUCGGUAUCAUCCGUGAUGUCAUGCAGAACCAUCUGCUUCAGAUCCUGACCUUGCUGGCGAUGGAACGCCCAAUCUCCUUCUCUGCUGAGGACAUCAGAAAUGAAAAGGUGCGCGUACUUCGUGGUAUGCCCAGCAUUGAGCCCAAGAAUGUCAUUAUUGGCCAAUACGAGAAGUCCUUGGAUGGCUCCAAGCCAGGCUACAAGGAGGACGACACUGUACCUAAGGAGUCACGUUGCCCCACUUUCGCUUCCAUGGUCGCAUAUAUCAAGAACGAGCGCUGGGACGGCGUUCCGUUCAUCCUCAAGGCAGGAAAGGCGCUCAACGAGCAGAAGACCGAAGUCCGAAUUCAAUUCAAGGAUGUCACAUCGGGUAUUUUCAAGGACAUUCCACGCAACGAGCUGGUCAUUAGGGUCCAGCCCAACGAGAGCAUCUACAUCAAGAUGAACAGCAAGCUUCCAGGCUUGAGCAUGCAGACUGUGGUCACCGAGCUUGACCUGACGUAUAGAAGACGAUUCAGCGACUUGAAAAUCCCAGAGGCCUACGAGAGUUUGAUCCUUGAUAGUCUCAAGGGCGACCACUCCAACUUUGUAAGAGACGACGAACUUGAUGCAUCCUGGCGAAUCUUCACCCCUCUUCUCCACUACCUGGAUGACAACAAGGAAAUUAUCCCCAUGGGCUACCCAUACGGCUCCCGUGGCCCAGCAGUACUCGACGACUUCACCUCCUCGUACGGCUACAAGUUUGCAGACGCUGCAGGAUACCAGUGGCCGCAACACCAGAUCGAGCCAAACAAGCUCUAGUCGCGUUGUUAAUCUAGACCUUGUUCGCCGCCUAUAGCGCGCCCCCCCAUUUCAUCCAUCUCAUCGAGUGUUGGACGACCAUGAACACUUGAUACUAUCGCUAGUAGAUUUAACCCUACUGCAGAGAUACGGCGUGGUGACCGGAAGAGAGGCUAGAAGAAGCAGGGCUGAGGUAGAGAGGGUCAGUUGAGCGUCUUCCUGCAAGUACUUUUGCUACACCAACAUGUUAGUGAGCUCACCAUCAUGGCGAAGGCACUGAGACAUGGAGAGAGAUUGGUGCUCUUACGCCUGGUAUGUGGACACCUUGAUGAGAAAUAGAGAUGAAUUUACUGUCGUCAACCGAUCAC